GGUGCCUUUGCCUUGUCAUACUUGCUGAGCAGCGGGUUGCCGCGGGGUCGUCAUCGUCGUUCACAAAUCUUCAACUCACCUCCCCGCACCCAUCGUCCCUUCGAGGUAUUGAGACCUCACAGACUGUCAUUGUCCUUUGCUCGUAAAUAGCUACCACGGGGGCUCUGCGCCUGAUUUGUCCAAACGGCCCCCCAAGAACCAUCAUUCCUGGGACUGCCCUUGCUUGGCGGCACGACGCGAUAGCCUUUUCAGUGGGUGCAUUAUUAAGGUGGCCUCUUGAGUCUCCACGUCCCGGCAUUUGGGCGGCUUCAAAGUGGCCCCCCUUGCUCAUUCUUGCGCCGUCGGGAUAAUUCUAUCCACGACAACGAAGAACACCGUGGCAACUGGGCUGUUCAACGCGCCCGCAGACAGACUCACCUGCAGCAAAUAAUGGCGCACGCUCACAUAACGCCGUCCAACAUCCACUUGAAGUGGUCCAAGAACCUCCCCCCCGCCCUCACUGUGCCAUCCGGCAGCGAACUCACCUUUGAGCUCCGGGACGGCUUCAACAACCAGAUCACGCCAGCCACGACGCAAGCCGACCUCCCCGGUCUCGACUCGGCGCAGGCUGACCCCGCCUUUGGCCCCGUCUUCGUCGAGGGAGCAGAGCCGGGGGAUGUUUUGCGCGUUGACGUCCUCGGUCUGACGCCGGCAUCGUACGGGUGGACCGCCAUCCUGCCCGGCUUCGGUCUUCUCUGCGACGAGUUCCCGACGGGGCAGCUCAAGAUAUGGGAUCUCACAACCCUUAACAAGGGCUACGCAGUGUUCGGAAAGGGCAUCCGAGUGCCCACGCGACCCUUCUUGGGCGUCAUGGGUGUCGCGCCGCCCACCGACGGCGAGUUUGCCACCAUUCCGCCGUACCAUUGGGGCGGCAACAUCGACUGCAAGCACGUCACCGAGGGAUCCAGCCUCUACCUGCCUGUACAGACGGCGGGAGCCCUUUUCAGUUGUGGCGACGGGCACGCAGCCCAAGGAGACGGCGAGGUGUGCGGCACGGCCAUAGAGACGCCCAUGACGGCGCGGCUCCGGCUCACAGUCGAAAAGGCCAAGCCGUGGGUGCAGUCGCCGCAUUAUCUGACGGCCCCCACGUCGCCGCAGACCCCCCAGCGCGGCCAGGAGUACGCUGCGGUCGGCAUUGACGCAGACCCCCGGGAGGCGAUGCGCAAGAGCGUGAGGAGCGCCAUCGACUGGCUGCAAGGCGAGAAGGGUCUUUCGAGGGAGGAGGCGUACAUGCUGUGCUCAGUGGUGGCGGAUCUCAAGAUUGUGGAGGCGGUGGACAUGCCGCACUAUGCUGUUGCGUGCGCGAUCCCGUUGAGCAUUUUUGUAGGCGACGGAGACGAGGCAUGACACGGCCUUGCGAUGGAGAUGCCGCCAGGCAGCGUGGCGGGCUGAUUACGAUACCGGGCAGUCUCGUUGGCGCAGCCAGCAUCCCUCGUCCUGUCGGCCAGGCGAGAAGGCGACUGUGUUGAUCACCACAACCUCGUCGUGCGAUUGGCCAUGAAGCAGAGUCGGUGCGAAGAGUGGAAACUUCCUUGUUGAUCGACUGAUCAUGCCUUGUCGUGGAGGAGCGGAGUGUCUAAAACCAAGCCGUUGGAUGACUCGGUGUAGGCUCGCAUCGCCAUUUUCGAGGAAAGGGUUGGGGGACUUCCAUCAGGGCGAUAUCGAUCGUAACUGCCCAAGGCGGGGUGAGCAGGACUGUCGCUCGGUCAGGUACAGGCUUGCGAAGUACCGUAUAAACUCGCGAAAUUCGGCACUGCCCCACUUUCAAGUGAAACCACAAUGACAAGGGAUUCAUUGGCUCAACUCUCCAAGAACACGAUGAGC